AUGGUCCUGGAUACUGCAAACUUGAUAGAGACAAAACCAAUCAGAAUAGAACGCGUGGAAAUUGUUGGCUUGAAAAGAACAAAAGAUGAUAUUGUUAAAAAAGCUACAAAAUGUCUAUUUGAUUCCAAAACCAUCAGUGAUGUAAUUACCAAGAGUGUGAUAGUUAAAAGAAACCUGAUGCAGUUAGAGUGUUUCAAUGAUGUAUCCGCCAAGUUAGAUGUUAAUAGUGUCGAUGGACAAGAUAAAUAUUAUGUUACUAUUACAGUACAGGAAUGUAAUUGGGUACAAGGACAUGUCAAAAUUUUAUCCGAUGCUCAUUUUGACAAUAACCCUGAUCCUAAACUGUCAACUGGAAUAUCAUUUUUAAACUUGUUUUGCCGUGGUGAAAAAUUAAAUUUUGUGUCUGAUAUAUACUCAUCCAACAAAAAAUUCUCUACUGGUAGUAUUAGUUUUACAAAACCAUUACUUGCCUUAUUUAAUCCAUAUUUAUACACAACAGUUUUCAAGAACCAUUAUGAUAGAAAUAGAUUUGGCUAUUCAUUUGACGAGUACGGAUUAAAUGCUGGAGUAAAUUUAAGCCAUGAAUAUUUAAAACUAAACUUAUUAUGGGAAGGAGUGGCUAGAGAUUUAAAAUAUGCACGAAAUGCACCAUUUGGUAUACGAGAACAGCUCGGACUUACCAUGAAGUCAUCUGUUAAAAUGACUGCUUCUUAUGAUACUCGAGAUAGUGGUGUGUUUCCCAGUUAUGGAUCACUAGUCCAGUGUUGUUCAGAAUUUGCUGGGAUUGGUGGUAGCCAUGAGUUUGUAAAAAAUGAACUGACCCUUCAACAUACAUUUAGCACAAUCCUAGAUUUUGCUGUUACUGGAUCUUUCUCUUUUGGAAUAUUAGAUAAAAUUGGAACUUCCUCUGGAACAAGCAGUAUUUUAGAUAAUUUUUAUCUUGGCGGACCAUUGACCUUCAGAGGAUUUGAAGAAUGUGGUGUAGGUAAAAAAGAAGAUGGAAGCAUAACAGGUUCUUCGAUGUUUUGGAGAUACAAUACUCAUGUACAUGCUCCACUUCCAUUUUUAUCUAAAAAAAAUAAACUGUCCAAUUUAAUAAGGAUACAUUUAUUUAUGAAUUCUGGAAAUGUUGGAAAUCGUCUAGGAAAUCUGACCAAAGACAUACGAGGACUGGUCAACAACGUACGGCUAUCAUAUGGAGCCGGUUUAGCUUUAAACAUCAACAAUUUAAUGAGAUUAGAAAUUAAUUAUUGUUUACCAGUUUUUUAUUCAAAUAAUGAUUCUAUUGUGUCAAAUAAAAAUCAAUGGGGCUUUGGUUUGCUGUUCUAUUAA